CAAGCGUACACACGUGCACGAGUGUGUCGUCCAUUUUGCAUUUUAAUAAACAUUUGCAGCUACAACAACAUAAAGUGCAGGAAAAUACUUGCAACAUUGUGAAAUCGAAAAGAACAUAAACAAGUUUGAACUUAAUGCAAUGAAAAGUCGAAUAAAUAACAGCAAGAACAGCGUGAAAAUGAAUGUUGGCGAUGGCGACGUUUUGUAGCUGCCAACGCGCAUAAUCGUAGCCAGUGCGCACACACACACACACACACAGCCCAACAGCAUACGCACACACACAUACUCAUAAAGGGUGCCUUAGUUGUAACUGUGGGAGAGGGUGAGUGUGCGAGCCACAAAGUCAAAACAACAGUGGAAAUUCGCCAGCGCCAGUUGCGGAACCAACGAAACUUUAAAGAUACAAUUUAAAGAUAGAAUUUCGUGUACGUAGAGACAUACGGAACAAUGCGAGUGCGCGACAAGCGCAAGCAACAACAAAAGGAGGCGAAGUCACAAAAUGAGACUUCUAAAACGCCCCCGCCGGCAAAGAAUAAGCUUCGUGAGGAUAUUAUGACGCCACCACCGGCACCGCCAACCACGCCCACACUGCCGGCAGCCGAGAAGGUUGCGUUUGACAAUCGCAUCAAGCGCAAGAAUGUUUUGGCGCUGAACGAAAAGGUGGCCGCUUUGCGGGAAUACGAUCGCCAGCCGGUGUACAAGCAUGUGGGACGAAUGUUUAACUGCAGUCCGGAUCAGAUCAAGCGGAUUGUUACGCAAAGGGGCGAGAUCUUGCAGGCAUGGGAGCAGCGUACACGUCGCAGUCAGGAUGCACGCACGCGGGAGAUGAAGGUUGUGCGCUGUUCAAUGCUGGGACGCGCCGUCUACGAAUGGAUACGACGCAUGAUGUACUACAAGGACUUCAGCAUUACCGAUGGACUUAUACAGAAGAUGGCACUACAGUUUAAAAGCUCCAUGGGUCUCAACAACUUCUUUCCCCAUCCGGAUUGGUGUGAUAAGUUGCGUCAGACAUACGAUAUACAGAAGACUGACACAAAACUCUUGAAGAUCGGCUAUACACAAGGUUUCUCGGUGCAGAUUAAGGACAUUGUCAAUGAUAUCAUGACCGAGUGCUCACAGGAUGCCACAAAUGGAGCAACAGACGGCGGCAUUAUAGACGACGAGGAGGAUGAACGCCACAGUCGAAGUGGUGUUGAUGCUUCUGCCACCACCAAUGGUAGUGUCAGUAGUCGUGCUGGCAAUGGGGAUGUGGAGGAUGACGUCGAUAUCGAUGGAGGCGGUAGCAGUGAGCACGAGGACGAAGAUGUGAAGCCGUCGCUACACAAACUGAAUUUGGCGCUGCAGCAGAAACUUCCACUAUCGUCAUUGGUCGGCUUACCACUGACAUCUCUCACACCACCCGGCACAUCUCAGAAAGUAUUGCUGGCCACGCCCAUUCUACCGUCAGGCACGCCCAGUACGGGUGCGCAGCCCAUGACUAUGACGAUCAUACCAUUGGCUACGUUGGCACAGAGCAUGACACAGCAUCCAUCGUCCAAAGCAGGCGCACAAGAGUUGACCACGCCCGUCUCGCAAGUGCCUGGCAAAGUUCCUACACUGCCACCGCCUAUGCUUGAUAUUAAAAAGGAAAUUAAAACUGAGCCUUUAGAUGAAGCGGAGUCGCUGCCGGUGCAAGCUCAGCCGGUGCCAUCAAAAUCGCCGUCCGUACGCAUUAAGGAGGAGGUGGAAAGCGAUCUGGAGUGUGAAGAUUUCGGGGAGGGUUGUGAUGACGAGGACGACUUUAAUGGGGGUCGCUCUAGUGUAACCUCCUUGGCCGAAGUGCUGGCCGCGAAUGUGGAGGACGAAAAAGAAUAUAUCGAACACACAAGAGCUAUGCGCAAACGUAAGUUCAGCCUAACUUCAGAGGUUGAAAUGGAUUCCAGACUACCACCACUCCCAGUGCUGACCAAGGCACCGACUCCACCAAAGCGUAUAAUGAAACGUCGCCACGAUGACAACAACAAUGCCGGCUCAGCUGAUCCAGCAGAUCAUCAAUCACAGUCGGUUAUCAGCUGUGCGGAGGCACGCAAGUACCUGAAACUGCUGGAGGAAUUCGCUCUGCACAAAGAGAAUUACCGUCUGAUUGAACUGAUAACACGCGCCGAUGAGGUGAUGCGGGAACUGGACGAUAAUGAUUCAGCUUAGAUUAUAAAAAAUGAGAAUACGGUCGGGGAAUUGAGGGUUUGAAGUGAGCAGCGCCAACCAAAGAGAAUGAUUAGUUUGUAAAUCACACACACACACAUACAUCUUGAAGAUGCAAUUCGAUGCAAUCAUAGAAUACAACUACGUUUAUGUAUGAGUAAAAAUUGACUAUUUAGGUAUAUAAAUAGGUAAUAUCUGUAAUUACAAAUUUAUACGAGUACUAAAUAUAAUUUCCAACCACAGUA